CCCUUCUUUACUUCUCUCUACUCUUUACACUGCGUAUACAAAGUGCUGAGUCAGUUUGUAAGAAAAGAAGGAAAGAAAACACGCGAUCAUGGAUGAUAUCAAGGAGGUUAAGACGGUUGCCGUAAUUGGUGCUGGGUUAGUUGGUUCGUUAGCUGCACUGGCAUUCGCCAAAAGAGGUUAUCAGGUUACCGUGUUUGAGCAGCGUGGAGAUCCGAGACUUGCAAAGAACAAGAACUUGAGAUCGAUCAACCUUGCUGUUUCUGAUCGUGGAGUGAAUGCGCUGCGCAACGUUGACUUCAAGCUGUGUGACAGCAUUCUUCAACAUGUCAUUCCAAUGAAAGGUCGUAUGAUCCAUCACGUUGAAGGUGAAUUGGAGUCUCAGAGGUACGAUUUGGAUAACCAAUGUAUCAACAGUAUCGACAGAGGCUAUCUGAACGAUCUCUUAUUGAACGAGCUGGAUAACCAUGAGUUGAUCAAGGUGGAAUUCGGUCGUAAACUGGAGAAUUUGAAUCUUUCGGGCCAACCGACAUUGACGUUUGCCAAUUUGGACAUCAAAUCCUUCGACAUUGUGAUUGGAGCUGACGGUGUCUUCUCCGCGGUUCGUCAUUUACUCCAGAAGUAUAUCAGAAUGGAUUUCACCCAGGAGUAUAUCGAUUCCACCUAUCUGGAGUUGAGAAUCCCACCUGGUGAGGAUGGUGAUUUCCAGAUAGAUGCAAACCAUCUCCACAUUUGGCCAAGACACAAGUUCAUGCUUAUUGCACUACCAAACCUGGAUGGUUCUUUUACCUCGACCCUUUUCGCUCCAUGGGAUGUCAUGGAUACUUUACACUCUGAUGAGAAGAUCCUCGAGUUCUUCAACGAGAACUUCCCAGAUGCCGUGGAUCUAAUCACUGAAAAGGAACUGUUGUACGCAUUCCACAUGCACCCAAGAGGCAAGCUGCUAUCUGUGACUUGCAACAAGUACAACCAUACCGGCAAAUGUCUCAUAAUAGGUGAUGCAUCGCACGGAAUGGUUCCAUUCUAUGGACAGGGUAUGAACUGUGGAUUCGAAGACGUGGACGUGUUGAUGGCCCUUCUGGACAAGCAUGAAGAUGACGUUGAAAAGGCAUUCAACGAAUACACUGAAACGAGACACAAGGAUCUUGUUGCAAUUGUAGAUCUGGCAAAGGAGAACUACAAGGAGAUGAGACAUAAAGUCACCUCGAAGCUAUUCGUAUUACGUAAGAGAGUCGACUUCAUCCUCACUUAUUACCUCAGGGAGAAGUGGAUCCCAUUGUAUACAAUGGUGUCAUUCAGAAGCGACAUCCCAUACUCCGAGGCUGUUGCCAGAGUGGAGUUCCAGAACAAGAUCCUUCUGGGAAUCGAAGGCCUUAUCGUUGGAACCGGUGUAUUCAUCGGUGUGAAGUUCCUCAAAUGGCUUGGUAGAAAGUUCUGAAAAGGGCCCUACAGAGCGUGAACGUCCAUGUAUCGGGCAAUUGUAUCUGUCCACAUAUUUAUAUAUAUAUAUAUCAAAGCUUUGUGUAUAUUCAAUUUGAUGAUGAUUAGAAGAAUAAGAGCUCGGUGAA